CUACAAUGUGUUGUACCUACGAACGGGCCUAACGGUAGAGAUUCGCAAAAGAGGGACAGCGCUCUCCAGAAUCUCACGUUACAAUCGUUUCGGUCACUUGUUACGUAUCUACCGCCCCGCAAUCGGACUUGGGUCUUCUGAAGAACGGGAGACCGAGUGGUUCGGCACGGGGAGCGUACCGACCGUAGGGUUUAGGCGAACCCGCUGACUCCGAUACCUUCGCGUUCCGUUCCCUUCCGAAGGAAUGGGAGCGAAGGAAAAAAGGCCGUCGGAACGAAACAUGGGUUCGCACCUUAAGGAAGUUGACGUGUGUUUGAGCGAAGUCUGGUUCGUCAGAGUAGAGUCAAUUGGAUCGUACUCUUGCCGGUAGCCCGCUUCGUCGAAGGCGACCAUGGUCGUAAAUCGAAAGCAUCACGGAACUGCGACAUGGAACUCCAUUUGCAAUUAUAGGUACCCGGAUUUAUUUAAAGGGAUGCACGGAUCUUCGGCUAAACACGAAACCAUCUCCGAAAUACGUUAUGUCGAUGUUCGAGACAGCAUGCCGAAUGUACCCGCGUGGCCCUCCAAAGUGAUAUCUGGGGGUGAUAUAUCACUGCAGGAUUGGCGCUCGCGAGAGCCGGCGACGAACGCAGGAAAAAGUCGUGCGCCUACCGGCGUGAAUACUCCCAACACACAAAAUCGUCUCCAUUUCCUCUCGCAUGGCUUCCCAUAGUUUUGGUUCACGUAGCAAGGCAGGUAGGUAGGCAGGUAGACAUCUAUCCUUCCUAGCGUACCCAUGGGGGAUCCUCCACAACCCAAUGUGGAAGACAUCCUCCAUCGGUUGCUGCAGAUAGCACUACAGUCGUCGUCCGGUAUUGCAAGCUCUGCAUCUCCGUCCGAGGCGCUGGCGCCCCUCAGCACGACCCGAUCCGUUGAGGAAGCGCUGUUGCGUCUUCUCGUGGGAUCCACUAGCGAGGCAGGACCAGAUCAGCAAGCAAGACAACCGGCGCACCGGGCCCAACCACUCCUUCUACCGCCCCCUAACUCGCUCUCCGGCGACCAGUCCAUGACGGGUACCAGUGCGCACGCGAACGCUUUCCCACAGGAUCCCGUACCCAACAUUCUCGCACGGCUCCAAGCCUUGUCCAAUCCUUCUAGACAAUCCGGCUAUUAUCCGGAGUAUGCCUCGCUGAGUCACGCAUCGCAGGAUCUGUUGCAGCUGCUCGCACUUAACCAGCAACAAGCGCUCCAACAACAACAACAACAACAACAACAGCAGUAUCUGCAGACGUCUCUACAAAGCACUGCUGCCGCGUUGCAGUACGUUGCCUUGAAUAGCCAAGCUCAAGCGAAACAAAGUCUGUCCGAAAAUUCACCGCGUAUUCCACUACCCGCCCUGCCUACCUCGCCAAUCUCUAGCUCGGGGUGGGCCAACGGGGUCGCCAGGUCGCCGUCGCUCACGAUGGCAUCCUUUGCGACCUUGCCGGCACAAGCUUCUACCGGACGGAAACCAUCCCCAACAUCCUUCCCUCGUCCACAAUCCCAUCGAGACGCGGACGGGCCCGAACCCUUUCCACAAAAGCUCUUUCGCCUUUUGAACGAAGCCGAACGCUUAGGUUUCGACAACAUUAUAUCAUUCAUGCCAUCGGGGAAAUCGUUUUGUAUACAUCAACCACACCAAUUCAUCAAAGAAGUUGCACCUAAUUACUUCCGGCAUUCCAAGCUCAGUUCCUUUACCCGGCAGCUGCAGUUGUAUCAGUUCUCGCGCACGGUGGAGGGUGCCAGUGUGGACUGUUAUGUCCACAUCGACUUUCAGAAGGGGCAUCCGGAGCUGCUGUAUAAGAUUCGUAGAGCCAGCGUGUCCAAAAAGUAGUACUUCAUCGGGGAAAACGUGCCUUGGUGUAUGGGAUACACGGGCACUCACUUCUUUUUGUUCGGUGGUAGAUGCACAACCUGCGGCAACCGUGCGCCGGUGUACAAUUGAUACUCACAUUCAACUCAGUCCAAAAAUGAAAGAUAUGACACGUCCCUUAUUUCAAGUCCAUUCAAUGGAAUACGAGCAUAUCUUUAUGCAUAACAAGUAGACAUUGGUUUGCUUCCUCGGA